AUGGAGGUGGAUGGUGAUAGUGAUGAGACGGUGAUCGGUAGCAAGGAUGGCUAUCGAGUUUGCUGCGACCGAUCUUUGCGGACAGAGACAACCAGCCCACGACAUCGCCGAAUACUCCUAUCAACUGACAGCGCGUUCGCCGAUACCGUUCUCCAAUUGCUCGUUGACAAUCCACACAUUGAGCUGCGCUUAAUCACCGACGAACCCUCCGCGCUGCUGGCAGGCACGAACAAGAUUCCGCAUUACAUGGAUACGGUGGAUAGUACAACAUUUGACAAAAAGACUGGCGCGCGUAAAUGGCUCAAAGCCAAGGCAGCGGAGCUCUGUGAAUGGGCAGAUAUGCUUUUGGUUGCUCCGAUUGAUGCUGGCGCUCUUGGGUCCAUGUUGGCAGGUUUGACGAACACCUUGACCUUGGCACUUUUGCGUGGCUGGGUCUCGACAAAGCCUGUGGUUCUCAUUCCUGGAAUGACAGUGUCAGAAUGGGAUAACCCGAUGAGUGGUCGCCAACUUAAGGAGAUCCACCACUACUGGCCUUGGGUCCAUAUGGUUUCACCUGUGCUUUGGGAAUCCAAUGGACCAGAAGAUUUAACCCAGUGGCCAUGGUAUGGUCAGAAAGACCUACUCAAAACACUGGAGAAAGCUUUGAACUUGCCGCCAUGGGAUGCAUCUGUGGCUACUGCAUCAGCUGUGAAGGGCAAAUCAACUGUGGUGCAAACAUCCUCAAAAGCACUUGCGUCACCAUUAUCUGGAAGCAAUACAGUAUCGGCCUUACAACAUCUGCAAACUCAUUGGCCCAACCCAGAAUUCAAAGUUCGGUCACUUCCAGCAGAGCUUUGGCUCAACAUCUUCGAAGUCCAGCUGGGAGAUUGGGAAAUAGCCAAAGCUGUCGGGAUUCCAAAUAGACUUCCUGUCCCGCAAGAAUGGCAAAGCCAUCUAUUGAAAAUGUCAACCCCCGCAUCUCUCGAAUACACAAUCCUCAGGGGCUCAUUCGCCGCUAUUAAAAAGCGCAUUGAUGCACUUCCUCGAUGGAAGCCUCUGUCAGAUCUCGCCUGCCAUCUUAUAGUGAAAUUCUCCCGCACCGAUAUCCUCUCCUACCUCACCGAAAACCAUCUUGAUCUUCUAUGGACGACGUCUCGUCUAACAAAUAUCCCCUACCGCGCCUCGGCAAUCUAUGGCAACCCGACUGUCUUAACCUGGUGGCGUGACUCCCCAGCCCUUCCCACUAAAGAGUACAUAUCUGAUGCGAUGGAUGGAGCAUCGCGGGCCGGCUUCACCCAUGUAUUAGAUUGGUGGCUCUACUCUGGACUUCAGCUCAAAUACAGUGAACGUGCACUCGAGUCCGCCAGCGCUGAGGGCCGGGUUGCUGUACUUGACUGGUGGAAAGCGGCUUCAGCCAAAGCACCACGUCACAAACCUCUUCCCAUGAAAGUCGGCAAAUCCGUUCUCCUGGCUGCGCAGUCCGGGCAAACUGCAUCUCUAGCCUGGUGGGAUGCCUCAGGUAUUCCAUACAGUAAUGCUGAGAAUGUGGCCCGAAUCGCUAGUACACAUGGUCAUGUCCAUGUCCUGGACUUUUGGUAUCGACUCAAGGGACCAAAGAUGAUCUUCGAUAACCAGGUUCUUGUUGGUCCGACAAAGAAUGGUCACGAUCAUGUCUUGCAGUGGUGGAAGGACUGCGGCCUUCGCGUUGAGUUCAAGACCUGUGAUAUCGAAGAGGCUCUUGAAGAUGCAGCUCCAGGUGCAGAUGUCCGUGUUCGCAGUUGGUGGGAGCGAAACGGUCUCAAUCUAGGCCUCGGGACGAGAGAAUGGAUGAAGCCAAAGGUUCUUUAA